UGUGGAAGUGCGAUCGAUGGGCGAUCAUCCACAGCACCUGGACCAUCCUUCGUUGCUGCUGCGCUUGUUCCAUCAGAGCCAAAGCCCAAACCCAAAAGCAUCUAAGAAGGCCCAAGAAGAUCUCUUCCAGCAUCUCCAGACAACCUCCCUUCCCGUGGAAUGCUUCGACACUCUGUUGCCCCAUUUCCUGGCUUUUCUCGGCAAAGACGCCGCCGCGUCCAAAUGGCUCGUCCACUUGUUUGCGUCCAAUCUUCUGCGUACUGCCGACGUGAUCAACAUGGUGAUACACGAGCAAAAACUGUUGCUCUCGAUCCUUCCUGAAACGAUUGCAGAGUGGUGGCGUCUCGUGGACGAGCAAACGUCGAGUCCGCAGUCGAACCUGCGUGACGGCGUGUUUGUCCCGAACGCAGUUCUCCAACACGAAAAGCAUGCUCUCCAAAGCAGCCAAUUCUUCGCGCUUGGUCGCAUUGUCGACACGAUCGCGCUGCUCGUGCGACUCACCGACGACGUCGAUGUUGUCGUUUUCAUCGCGAGCACUUUACAAGUCAUCUUGAAGGUCGCGAAAAAAGGCGCGAUUCAAAACGUGUUUGUCCGCGUCGCCGACAUCUUCAUCACGUGGAUCUACCGCCAGGAUACGCCGACCGCUCAAAGGGAUGUCCUCGUGCGCACGCUGUUUGACAUGCGCGAAUUGUGGGCCGACAACACGGUCUUCUCGCGGCAGUUGAUUUCGACCUUCACUGCCGAGGUUGACGCGUUCUGCGCUGUGGACGCCGCCCUUUCCACAUCGGAUCUCCAUCGACUGAAUAUGGUCGUCAUGUGCUUUAUGGGAGUUGUCCAUGGACUGCGAUCUCUCGUGGUGGCACCUGACAACGUUCUCCGCCGUGUGGUGUAUGCGCUGUCAUCCCUGGGAGACAGAUACUUACUCAGCAUCGACACUCUCUCAACAUGUGCGCAUGCACUCGUUGUCAUCCAUUCCCACGACGCAGCGCUUUUUUCUCCGCUCACUGUUGGUUGUGUCGACUUUUUGCUCGUGCAUGUAGCCACGCUCUUCCACCGCCACUUGGCAACGGCAUCCGACGUCUCUCUGAUCCUGGAUCGCGUGCUUGUUCUCCUGGAGGGGUCCAACGUCCAGUUUUCGCUGCCCGUUGUGAACUUACUCAAUCGAAAUCUACCUCUCCAUCUGCCGUGGCCAUGCGGUGUGACCCACAAGUUCUCCGCAGCGCCAUCCUCCAUACCUCCACACACGUUCGUGUCGCUGUUGUGCACGACCAGUCAAUCAAAUGUGGUGGCCAAGCUUACCCGCGUCGCGUUGCAGUGUGUUCGCCAUGGCGGCGUCCCUGCUUUACAAGUGUUUAGUAUGCAAGCAGUGUCCGCUCCGUCGUCGUCCCCCGAAGUGGCCCUGUUUUGUCUGAUGGCGUUCUGCUUGGCUUUGGCAUCGCCGAUGGCACCUCUCGCUCCCGGAGAUAUCGCGUGCUUGGCAGGUCAGUAUGGUCGCCUCGUUCACGUGAUGCCAAAGUGGUCGGACAGUCCUUUGUUUCUACACGGCGUGAAAGCGAUUCAUUGCCUUAUGCACUUCGUUAUGCGCCUUCGCAUUCAUGCAUUCUCGAUCAAACCCACCGACUCAGCAGCUUUGGCGACGAUGUUGAUGUCGCAUUUGAUCACGAUGCCGCACUCGGCUCUCCUUUUCCAGGUCUUGAAUGACUUGAUCACUCACGCGCAACUCUUUCAGCUUGCGCUACCAUUACCCGCCCCUGUGGGGUUCCAAUCCCUUGCUGCUCAUCCGCUCGCAAGCGUUCGACGGUGCUAUUUGAACGUCCUUCCAUCCAUCGAACCACACCCUGCGCAUUUGCCCGCCGCUGUGGAGCGGUUGUUCGACUCGGACCCCGAUCUUGCAACCACCGCGCUACAUACUGUUGGUAAGCUCGCGUUGGCCAGUUUGGGCGACGCCACUCCUUCCAGCCUGCGGACAAAGCUCCCUCGAUGGCAUGUGCCAAGUUCGAUUCAGAUCCACGGGACCUUCGGGCCAGCGCAAUUUGAGGCACUCCUGCAGUGGCUCGAAACGGGUGAGUCUUACGCGGACUGUUUGGCCAUGCUCCGGCUGCAGCAUCAUUCAACGCCGCUCUUGGCGCUGAAGAGCAGCGUGUGCGACGCGGCUAAGUGGUGCGUUUGGAAUCGAUUGCGCACGCAUUGGGGCAAUGCCGGUCAAACGUUUGCCGCCCUCGAGAAACUCUUGUGGAAGCCUGUCGUCCAUCAACCUCGUCUUGUCCUGGAACUCCUUCAUGCCUUGGAAAUGACCAUUUUCCACGUACAGUUGGAGACUCCGACGACACCGCUGGACGAAUCGGACGACCCACACCGCCAUCAGCAACGGGACAAAGCGAUAGCUUUCUUCAAAACGAACCGGAAAGUGUGUGACGAGUGGUUUUUCCGCAUCCGACCGUCCCUCAUUCGACUUUGCGACUCGGCGGGGGCGUCCGUGGUUUGCAGACAUCAUGCACUGUCCCUCGUGACGUCAAUGCAUGGCCGGAAGACGGGCUCGUCGGAAUGGGACAGUGCUAUGUUUGCCUUGUGCAGCGCUAGCUGUGAUCUUCAAGACACCCCAGGCUUGCAAGGCUAUAUUCAGUAUGCUGCUCGAAUCGAUCAAACGAAGCCUUGGAUGGAACCGCUCUUGCUGGAAGCGCAGAUGCAGUACGAAGCGGCGACAGCAGGGUACGACAAGAUUGUGUCGCCUCUCGUGCAGCUAGCUCGACAGCACGGAGUGCGCUUGGACUAUUCCGAGCAUCGAGGUGCAGUUGUCGAGGCUGUUGUGUCAUUCUUGUCCAGCUUGUCCAUGGGAGCGGCGUCAUUCAAGGGUGUCGUGCUGCGAUGUGCGCAGUGCUUUGCCAUUCUCCAAGACUGGGCAUCCUGUCGACUGUGGAUGGAGCAAGCCAUGGAAGUUGCGGCGUUCUUGCACAAAAUCCAGCAAUACUCGACGGACAACCUCGACAUUGCCAACGCUUUGCGUUCACUUGUGUCGACUUGGGAUGCUGAAGUGGCAAUCAUUCAGGCCACAGACCCUUCACUAGUGCAAGGAUUGCCCAAGGCCCUCCCUCCAUUGCAAGAAUGGUCCGUGCUGACUGUCGUUGACGACGCCAAUGCGCGCAACUUGCAACACUUGGACGAUGUCCAAGCGCAUGUGUCGUGGUUACAACAACGACUGCGCGUCCUAACCAUGGAUAUACGGGCGGUCGCUCCGCGCAAAGGCGAAAAUAUGAGCCGGCAAUUGCAGCGCACUCUAAUGCAGCUCCAGUGCUUUCUGCAGCUGGGGAUACCGUCGACGUUAUCGCUCAACCCGACAGCGCAUGAUCUGGGCGUGUGGCAUCCGUUGGCAUCUCGUGUACCAACUGAAGCUGUCUUUCAAGUCAACGUGCAAAUAGUUCGAUUGGCGCGAAAACAGCGAAAUUUCAAACUGGCAACGUCCAAGCUUGCCAACUUGGCUGCACUACUGUCCCCGAAAGGAACGGGGUGUGUAGAAGCGCUGACAGUCGGCUACGAAAGAGCACUACUGCAGCAUGCCACCAACCAUCACGCCGAAGCCAUUGAAACGCUGUGCCAUGUGCACAGCACAUUCGCCGAAUCGGCCAAAUCAAGUUGCCGUGAGCGACGUAUGCAGGUGAAAACCCUUAUGAAAUUGGGGGCCUGGAGUGAUGACACCCAUCGACGACAAGACUACCUACACCUCGCCACGACAGUUGAUCCAACAUCGUUCCAAGCAUGGCUCGAGUGGAGCAACUUUUGGUAUCAAGUGUCACGGACCCAGUUGGACGCUGUUGCGCACAACAGCCAUCAGUUUACGAUGUCCAUCGAAGACAAGCACGAGUUCACGGCUAUUGUUGACAUGUACUCUGACGUGUUGCAGCCCUUGGCGCCGACGCUGCUUGGCGCAUUGCAGAACUUUGAGUCAUUUGAGUGUCCGCCCGAUGUCAAAGGGCCGGCGCUCGAGAGUCUAAAUGUGCUGUAUCAAAAAGCACGAGAUCGGGUGCUUGCGGGGUACAAUACUGCUGUCAAGGGAUACGUCACUUACCUCCAGUGUGCUUCGCCGGCGUCACUCAAGUCGCAUGGUGUUGUCGUGACCUUGCGCCUCCUGAACGUCCUCGUCAAGCAAGGGAGCGAGCCGUCGCUUCAGGUUGCUUUGGACAUGGCAAUCACCGACUCGCCGCUGCAGCCAUGGGAACGCAUCGUGCCUCAGUUGCUCUCCCGCCUCGCCCAUCCAGAUCCGAACGCGUUGCGGCGUGUCGAGGCCAUUUUGCUUCGUCUCGCGUCGGAAAAUCCCCACUUGAUUGUGUAUCCUGCAGUGGUCGAAUCAACCAACCUAACCGAGGCCCUCAGUACUGACUUGGUGGGUCAAGUUCGCCAGCUCAUUGCCGAGUUUAGACGGAUCUCUUUGCUGUGGGACGAAACAUGGCUGUCCCUGUUGACGAAGCUGACCACGGACGUUGCCCGACGCAGCCACACGCUCGAGAAAGAAGCCGCACGAGUCGAAAAGAAUGCAUUCCUCAGUGAUGCAGACAAACUGUCGUUGGCACAUCGAAAAUUUGUUGCCAUGAUGAAACCCGUCUUGCUGGCGGUGGCGACGCUGGCGAAGGAGACUUGUCAAUCGACACCCACAACUCCGCAUGAGCAUUGGUUUGACUUGCAUUUUGGGAACGCCAUUGCGUCGGCUCUGGCCAACUUGGAGCAGUGCCUGGAGGGGGAUGACCCAGCGCUUCCGUUUUCCCACUGCCACUCGAAGCGGUCGAAAGCGUCGGUGUUGGCGAAUCCGUUGGUGCACCAUUUGUGGUCUCCGUUCAGUGACAUCUUGAAACGUCUCCAUGGCGCAAUCCUCCGUCGCCAGAGUCUCCAAAUGGCGUCCAUCUCGCCCGUCCUGGCGUCGUGGGAAUCGUCACUGGUGCACAUGCCGGGUCUUCCCGCGCUUGUGAUUCAAGGGAUAUCGCCGCAAGUGCAAAUUCUGUCGACAAAGACAAAACCCAAGUGCUUGGAAGUUGUAGGCUCAGACGGCCACUCGUAUCGGUAUUUGCUCAAAUCCCGCGAAGAUUUGCACUUGGACGAGCGCAUCAUGCAGCUCCUUUCGACCGUCAACGUGUGCCUUAGCUCAGACAAAGAAGCGAAGCACUACGACUUGACGGCGCGCCACUACAACGUCAUUCCACUUGGUACAGACGUCGGGUUGAUUCAGAUGGUGCGCAACGUAACGCCGCUCUUUCAAAUCUACACUGGUGCAACAACACUACCCACCACGUCGGCUGUCUCCGCCGACCAUCCUCCCAACACGGUCGUGGCCUCCCCCACGGCCCCAUUUUACGAGAAACUCAAAGCUCACGGGAUCACUAACAUUACCCCCGCAGGCCGCCCGCACUGGCCCCUUGCUGUGUUACGCCAAGUGUUUGCAGAUCUCGUCAGCGAACACCCCAAAGCAAACGUCCUCGUGCAAGAAAUGAUGCGGCAAAGUCGAUCUGUGCAAGAAUUUAGUGCCAAAUCGACCCGGUUCUGCACGACCGUGGCCGUCAUGUCGGUCGUGGGCUACAUCAUUGGCCUCGGGGAUCGCCAUUUGGACAACAUGCUGUUGUGCCACAGCGGCGAUCUCGUCCACAUCGACUACAACGUUUGCUUUGACAAGGGCAAGAAACUCAAGGUUCCUGAGAUUGUGCCGUUUCGAUUGACGUCGAUUGUGCAUGGUGCGUUGGGGCUCACUGGGACAGACGGACGGUUCCGUCACAGCAUGGAGACGACUUUGCGUGUGAUUCGGACACCCAACGCAAAGGAGACCGUCUUGACGCUCUUGGAAGCGUUUGUGUACGAUCCGCUCGUCGACUGGAAAGAAGGCCCGCCACCCAAGAAACUAUGGCGCAUGGAUAUGAACGUACAAUUGUCGUUGUUCUCGAGCCGAGCGCAAGAGCGCCGGUCGGAAGCCGAUGCGGCACUCGCCCACAUCUUGCAAACGUGGCACGUAGUGGAUCAAUUGACCACAACGCUUCGUACGGCUGUCUCAAACGUGAUGGAUCUCGUGCACCAACUCGUCGACGUCCAAGCCAAACAAAAGGCCCUGCAACAGCAGUUGACCGAGCUCGAGUCGAGUGAAAACCAAGACGACGACAUGAAGAAGGUUGACGAAGCGCUGGAACGACUCUACGUGGACGCAUUGGAAGCAAUGGACCGGUUUGGCGCCGAGUGUCAGUCGCGUGAGGAUGGCGUGCGGCAGUGGCUUGGGCUUGGAGACAUGGGACUCGUGGGGAAGUGGAGAAAGAGCAGUCGUGCCCUUACGUUCACGGACGUCCAUAAAGCCGUCAACUUGACCGACGGGUCCGUGGAAGAAAACUGCCGCCUUCUCGACAAGGGUACCGACGCACUGAAAGAGUUCUUGACGUCGAAGGCGACACGUUCGCUCGAGCCGUCGCUCUCGUGGUUCCAACGAGAGCGACGUCAACUGUACGGAUCGCUUCGUGGCCCUACUGUGUACAAAGAGUGGCUGAGUUGGAUUUCGCAAGCCAAGUCGGGGAAUGGCGUGAACGAUAUCCAUGAAACAGUCAAGGCGGCGCAGGACGAUCUUCUGCCGCAUCGAUUGGGAAUGUAUGCAUUGCCGUUGCAACGUCCUGUUCAGGCCACUCCCUCGAUACCUCAUCGUUUGGACGCCACUGACGUGGACAACCAGUUGAAAGCACUCACGCAAUCGCUGACGGAAGUGAAGACGACAUGGAAGCUCUCGAAUUCUCAAAUUCAAAAGGUGCUCAAAGUUGCGAUUGCUGAUUAUUGGCAUCGCCACUCGACAGACACAGUUGAUUUGGAAGACUUUACCCUUCGCCUGUCGUCGGUGCAAUGGCUGUCCGAGCUCGGGAGGACCACAAAGGGCAUCACGUUUCGGCACUUGCCACUGGAGAAAUGGCUUUUCUUGCCCGACAACCCGCCAUUGAACUCUCCGACACUGACGUCUCUGCACAAUUUGACUGUCGCGAUUCGAUCGGCUCUGGAUCAUGUCGCCCUGUACAUGCCAGCCAUGCCUUAUGGAGCGUCUGCCAGAGAACUGUUCGAGAAGUUCCGAAAGUCUCUUUGUCACGCCAACGCGAUGCCUGGAUGGUCGGAUUUUCUGGCAUCGUUCGAGUGGGUCGACUCGCCAGUGAUGCCGUCACUCGAUUUGAACCUGGAUAUACCAACGAGUCGACCAAACAACAUCUUGGACCUCGCGGGUGUUUGGUCACUGCUUCGUCUGCUCAACGUCGUUUGCGCCAUUGAAAUCUCGCUGACAGUUGAUGGCAAUGCACACGCUAUUCAGUAUCACUGGCUUGACACGCUUGCAUCAGUAGCAUGGAUGGUUAUUCAAGACCGACAGCCUCACCAAGCUGCAGCGUACCUGUCAAACCAAGCGGCCACUGUGCUGGCACUGGCCUCCCACGCCCUCAACUCGUUCUGCCAUACCACGAUAUGCGUGCAAGAAUGGAAAUUCAAACCAGCGGCGGACGAUCAGAUCACGCAGGACGUCGUGUUGGACGAAUUGCAACAUGCCAUGCCGAUAGGGAUUCCAACCGACCUGGACAUCAUGUCACGUGUAGCUUCCAGCCUUGACUUGGACGAUCUAGUUCGAGCCAUGGCCACCUGUGCUACCACGUCCAGAUCCCAAGCAACCUGCGAUCGACACAAUGCGUUUAUCGAGGACGUGGCCAGUUGGACAGCUCAGCAUGACGUCUUGUCGACGUGGCUGAAUGUCCAACCUAAGAAAGAUGAUGACGGCGUGGCUCGCAGUCAACUCCUUUCCUUGAUUCCUCCCACGGACAACUUACAUCGCCACGAACAAGCGAUCGAGUCUUUGCUCGAACCAACCACGACGGCGCUCUUGGCUGCCGCGGCACCGCACGAUCACAGCAGCAUUCGCGAACUCGCGUCGCAUGCGUUGAAUAUCAAGCACGACACGCAGUCGCUGUUUGUGGCGUGCCGGUGGAUUGAAUACGUCGAGUCGACGUUUCGCGAUAGCCAGAGCGAUACGUGUCGUGCGGUCGAUGCCGAGGGCCUCCGCGUUGUGGCGGCAUUCCUGCAAGCUCAAGUAGCAUGGAAAGCACAUACAACCCGCCAGCACGAACGACACUGCUUGUUACAAGCCCAGUCGCAGCAACGCGACGCCAUGCAGAACGACCUGGAGUAUGCGACUUUGCUGGUUGAGCGCUUCCGAACGCUCUUAACUGGCCGUUUAGACUCGCUCCCGGAUGUUUCGAGUCAUGUGAUGGCGCUCAAACGUGCAGUGCCAGACCUGCUGCACCACGUCAAGACCAUGUCCGUCAUCUGGGACAGUGAGCGCCUCGUCAAGAUUCUUGCAAAGAGUAUCAAGCGCACAAACGUCGAUGAGCUCCGAGACCUACAAAAUGUCAUGUCCACGUACGAAGCGACGAGUGCCAAUCUUGAAGACAAUUACAACGCAGUCGUACAAGCCUUCCGGCGUUUUGUGCAGGAGUGCCCGGAUUUAGAUUGCUCCUCGUCGACGACAAUGGCGUCCGUCAUUCGCGGCAAAAUUGGCUGGGACAGUGGCAACAACCAUUCCGCAGCGGCGGUGGGACCCACCGCCGGCGACAAAGCUGUGGGUGCACUAACUGCAGUUGCUCGCCUCAACUCUGCGCUGGACGCUUCGACCGGCCUUGGAGAGAUUCGACAAGCCAUGGAAGCGGUCGUGCGGCUCUUUUUUGAAAUUGCCGACCAAGCGACGUUGUUGUCAUCGCACGAACGCUCCAACACCAACGCAGACGACUCCAGCGACAGCAGUAGCAGCAGCGAUGAUGAAGAUGAUAGCGAUAGCAAUGACGAGCCCAGCGGCGGCAUUCCUGCACCCCUCAAACUCAAACAAGUUCAAGAACGUAAUGUGUUUGGCCUCCAAGUGCUCCGUCGCGUCAAGGACAAGCUCGACGGCGAAGCUUCCCACUACACAGUAGAGGAGCACGUGCAAUGGCUGAUUCAAGAAGCUACAAGUGUCGACAACCUGUGCCAAAUGUACGAGGGGUGGAUGCCGUGGAUUUAAGUCGACAUGACGGGUAGUUCGUAAUGCCGAGCGGCAUCAUGCUUGGCCACACGACGUCGUGGCGAGUUCAUGGGAUGGAAAGACAAUGACAGUUUGCAGACGCUCGAAGGUCGAUUCAACGUGUGCCCGGCUGAAGCUCCCGCCGGCAUGACGGGUUGCGCCAUCGGGAGCGCGUCGGGCUAGAACCCCAGCGCCUUGGCGUGCUCCAGUUGAUAUGUGUUGACAUCGGCCCUCUAUUGUAACCCAGAACCCGAGUCAGUUCUCUUCUACACA